AUGGGCGCCACAAAGCGAGAGCUGGAACAGGCGACGGGGGCCAAAGUGCAGGUGAACAUCUCGGAGGGACACCUGGAGCUCUCCGGCAAUACCUCGUCCGUGCAGGCAGCCCAGCGGCUCUUGGCUGAGCGGGUGCGCUACGUAGCCUUCGAGGUGCCCCGGGAUGCAGCCAGCACAGUGCUUGGCGAGCGCGGGCAGGCUCGCCAGGAGUUGGAAAGCUGCACUGGGGCGCACCUUUGGGUGGAGCUCGGCGACCCCUCUGUGGUGCAGAUCGCCGGCAGUGCCACAGCUGUCGACCAAGCCGUUGCUGCUUUGGAUUUGCGAGUUACUCAGGAGCGCUUUGAUUGCCCUCCCUUCGCAGAGCGCCGAGCACGGGAGGUGGUGCGGAGCUUGCGGGAGCUGCUGGCAGCGGAAGGGCGGUCCGGGGAGUGCCGCGUCCAGGUGGAGCGCCUGCAGGAGAACUAG